AUGCAUCAAUUUCAAAAGACACGCAUCUGGAAACCUUUGAAAAAUGGAUACCAAUUUGUGGCACCGGGAAUCAGUGUCAAUAGGCAAAUCUUUUCCCUUCCCAUUCAUUCAACAAACAAACCCGUGAAGCAAUACUCAACAGCGCCAGUUGUCCCUUGUGAGAUUCCGCCUAGUCGACUGGAAUCUAAAACUCAUCCACUAGGAUGGAAGAGAAUCCAAGCUCAGGUUGAGCCUUAUUUUGCCGACAAUUGGAAUUUCGCCAGCGAGAAGGAGAAAAAGGGGUUCCUUGCUCUUGGGUUUUCUCGCGCCUUCAGUCAUUUUUUCCCUUUGACUUUAAGUGAUCGUAUUGAUGUGACAUGUAAAAUGCUUUACUUGUCUCUACUCAUUGAUGAUCAACUGGAAAAAAUGAGUUUUACACAAAUGUCCUCCUAUCGCGACCGAGUUAUAAAAAUUGCAUUUGGAAAGGCAAAUCCCGAUAAAAGUAUUUGUCUUGAAUGGAUGCUUCAUGAUACCAUCACGUCCAUGCAGAAAAUAGAUGAGGUUUUGGCGAAUGAUGUUACCCAAGGAUUCUGCCAGCUUUUACAAGCUCAGACAUCCAAGGAACGGACUUCAAUAAAAACGCUGGGUUUAUAUCUCAAGUUUAGGGAGAUAGAUGUGGGCAGGCCACUCUACACAGCUCUCCUUAGAUUCGGUGCUAAGUUGCAUCUCACUACUGCCGAACUCGAGAAGAGCGCUGCCCUAGAAAGUACAGCAUUUCGUCACGUCGGUGUCAUGAAUGACAUCUAUAGCUGGAAUCGAGAAUGGAAAGUUUACCAAGAGAACCCAACUGAUGGCGCCCAGCCUCUUUCCGCCGUCUACAUUCUUGCAAAUGAGACAGGCUUACCAUUUGAAGCGUGCAAACGGCUGCUCUAUAGUUAUUGUCGGGAAUUAGAGCUUGUUCUCGAGAACACUGGCGAUGAAAUUCGACAUGAUAACACCAAGAGCUCGAGCCGCGAACUGGAGACGUACACUAGAGGGUUGGAAUAUUUUAUGCGCGGACUCGAGUUAUGGAGUCAAUGGACCCCGCGAUAUCGGCAAUAA